UCCCCAAUCCCUCUUCUCCCUCAAGCCACCGUCGCGCACAGCCCUUCACCAACGACCCCACCACGCCACCGCCACCUCACCUCGACGGCCACCCCCUCCUUCUCCCCCUGCCCCCACGCCGAUCUCUUUCUGGCCUCACCUCUCUCUCUCUUGGAUUUCUCUAUAUUGCUGCCGCUAGGGGCGCCGUUUGCCACUACCCACACCUCGACGCCGUCCCCAGUCCUCUGUCGGAGCCCCCUUCUCCUUCAUGCCUAGCCUAGCAGCCCGAGGCUCUCUCUCCCACUCUUGGACCACCACUCCAUGCCAAUCAAUUAGAUGAAAGAAGGCGCUUGAGGAUGGCCCUUGAUGCUGCCCGUGGAAUGAAUUAUUUGCACAACUGCUCUCCCAUAAUAGUGCACCGUGAUUUGAAGUCUCCAAAUUUACUAGUUGAUAAGAAUUGGGUUGUGAAGGUGUGCGAUUUUGGCUUAUCACGGAUAAAGAAUAGCACAUUUCUUUCUUCAAGGUCAACUGCAGGGACAGAAAGGGUAGUAGAAGCAAUGAAUAUGUAUCUUCUACAUGCACUUGUGUCUAUUUAUAGCUUGACUAGGUUUUGGUUCAAAAUGUGUAGACUAUCUACAUGUUGUAAAAAUGCUUUCUGGUUAUCUAAUGAAGUUUUUGCUAUGUGUGAUGAUUCAACUGGAGUCUCUUAUAUAAAUAUAUGA